AGACGCUCAGAGUGAGCUGAGCCAGCAGAGCAGAGACCUCCAACCAGAGAAGAAGUCAGAACCAACCAGAAAAGGACGAGGAAGAACUCCCCCUUCUGCGGCCGAUCGCCUAGCUAGCUCCAGGUCAGGAUGACUUCCUUUCUCUUCUCCUUCGUCCUGUCGUCUGCGGUAUUCAUAAUGGCGGCUGCUGAACCUGCUGGCUGUAAAAUCCGGAUCACCGACAAAGGCCUAGAGAAGUUGAAGUUUGAAACUCAGAAGUUUGUUGAAGAGGAGCUCAGCAACAUCACCAUGCCAGAGAUGAAGGGGGAGGAAGGGCGUUUCCAGUACACAGUCAAUGAUGUGAAGAUCACAGAACUCAAUCUGAGCCAUGCUGAACUGGGAUUCAUCCCUGAUGUUGGUCUGUUGUUCGAUGUGCAGAACUCUUCCAUCUCUCUGAGCUUCCAGCGAAGUAUCCUCUACUGGUUCUUCUAUGACACUGGAAACACCACUGCAUCUGCUGAAGGAGUGAACAUCAACACAGCUGUGAAUCUGAUCAGAGAUGACGAAGGACGACUGAAGAUCAACAACAUCAGCUGUGAUGCUAAAAUCAAGAAAAUGAGAGCAGAGUUCAGCGGGACGCUCAGGAAAGUUUAUGACUUCCUGGGCCGAUUUCUGACAACAGGGAUGCGCUUCUUCCUCAACCAAAAGAUCUGCCCUGCUCUGAAUCACGCUGCUCUGGUUCAUGUGAACUCCAUGUUGGAGACGAUCCCUGUGAGGACAGAGGUGGAUCAGUAUAUUGGGAUUGAUUACUCUCUGAUCAGUGAUCCCGUGGUGACUUCCCGGAGCCUUGACAUGAACUUCAGGGGAAUGUUCUUCGACCUGUCUGAACAGAACCCGCCACUGGUGAACUAUGCUGUGGAGCCGGUCAUCAGGGAACAUGACCGGAUGGUGUAUCUCGCUCUGUCUGAGUUCUUCUUUGACAGCGGGAUGUUCUCUUACUACACUGCUGGAAUUUUCCAGAUGCACAUCGUCAAUGAGAAGAUGCCCAAAGAUCUGGAGGUUUUGCUGAGGACGACAUAUUUUGGCGCUAUCAUGAUGUUGAACCCAGCUCUGGUGGAUGCACCACUGUCCCUGCAGCUUGCUGUCACCUCACCUCCUAAAACCUCCAUUAAAACAUCUGGAGCAACUGUUGUCAUGAUAGCCAUUGUCAAGGUGAUGGUUCUGCCUCCAGGUCAGCCUCCGGUCCAGCUCAGCAGUAUGACCAUGGAAGCAAAAUUUAAUGCAAAAGUUUCCAUGAGAGGAAAGCGUCUUGCUGUCCACGCUGAUCUACGCAGGUUUAAAAUCUUCUCCAAUCUGUCAGCUCUGGAGUCUCUGGCUCUGAUCCCUCUGCAGGCUCCUCUGAAGACCAUGCUACAGAUGUCUGUGGUUCCACUCAUUAACAACUGGACCAAGAGGGGAGUCCGCAUCCCGCUGGCUGAUGGGAUGGAUUUCAUCGAGGAGGUGGUGGAGUAUCACAAUGGUUUCAUCGUGAUCGGAGCCAACCUUCACUUCAGUAAAGGGCUGAGGGAAAUGAUCGCUGGAAGCAAUGGCACCGACCCGACCACCAGUACCAGUUCUGUCUAAGUAGAAACUUGCAGAAAUGAACUUUGCUUUGAACCUCUGAGCCACCACUGGAGGGGAUCACCGAGCUGAGGAAAUAUCUGAGUGUAAACACUGGAGCCGCUGUCCUCAUACUGCUUCUGGUUGUUCUGUGAGCUAUAUGUGUGUAAGGGAUCCUCUAUAUGACACAGUGUUAGAGACUAGACUGAGACCGCUUUACUCAUCAAAUACAAGCCCCGCCCACAUUCCAAAGAGACAGGUACCCCACUCACUUCCUGUCCCCCCACAUCUGGUGCAGCCCAAUUCAAAAUCUUCCAUCACUUUGGGUCUUACAUCAUUUCCCAUCCUACAUCACUUCCUGUCUUGCAUCACAUCUGAUCUUUCAUCAGUUUUGGUACCAACCCCCCAAUCAGAUCAGCCGUUUUUCACAGCUAAUCAAUCUACUAAUUAAGUGAAUGAAUAUAGAUUAGCUUUAUGCAUAUCAUUAUAUUUGAAUUAGUCCGAAACAUUGCAAUAAAGCAACUCUUGUUCACAUUGUUUUAUUUUUAUAAAAAUGAAGAAUAACCUAGCGCAUUUCAUGACAAAAAUUUUUUUUCUAACAUCUUUCUGUAAGUAUCUGUGACCUAUUCCUGCCUUAUCAAUCUCCAUACCGUUGGAUAGAAAAAAUAAUUAAUUAAAAAUAAAUGAAUCAUAAAGAAUAGCAUAGUGCAUUUCCUGAUAAUCAGAACAUGAGGAAGGUAAGUCUCACGAUGCUGACGUUGGUCAGAGCUUUUUGUCACCUCCAGCCUCCCCCGACAGCGAUACUGAGGUCAAGAUCUCCCUGAAGGGAUGCAGUCCAUGGCUUGGUAACAGAAACAUGCAUCUUCCACCAUCACCACCAUAGCCGCAGUAACAGGUUUCACCAACCCGGCAACCUCAAACUGGCCUCUGGGAAUCUGACCUAAGGGACAUGAACAAGGAGGACUCGCAGCUUCCAGCAUCCUCCCAGGAAGAAGCACAGAAGAGCAAGGAGGAGGAGGAGUUUGUUGGCUGGUGCUGUCAGCCAUUAGGCUGUAAAAGCUGCACUGCUCCAUCUGCUGACAGCGGCAAACGGUUUCAGGAACAACACCACAACGGUUGUACCGUUAAAAAAACAGUUCUUUACAGAACAUGACUACAAUUUGAUGAGUGCUUUAUAAUCGAUUCAUUGCUUCUGUUCAACACUUUCUGACUUGGAAAAGAUUUGUGAGGAUGAGUGUUAGAGGUGUGGUUAAAAUUGGGUGAAAGAAUUCAACGUUUACACUCGAGAUGUAUCAACAGUUGAUAGGAAAGGAUGUAAAGAAAUUACAGUGACUUGAGAAUUGUGGUGUGGUUAAUUAAAGAGUGUACCUAAGUAUUUUUAUCAGUUCUUUAAACUUUUCUGUGAUUGGAUCAUGGUAUUUAGUUAGCAUGGGUCUAGUUUGUAUCUCCCUCCACACAAAAAUCUAAAAAUGUACCCUCUUUAAAUCAUCACUUUUAUAAUUGUUUGAAUGCUGUGUUAAGAAAUGUGUGGCCAUCAUGUACAUAUGUGAAAAACUGAACGAUAAAAAAUGUUUUACAAGGCAA